CUCCCUCCUGCUCGUCGCCGAAAUCGCCAUGGCUCCCGCCUCCCGCCCGCCGACGGCGACGCCGCUGGCCGCAUCCUCAUCCCGGAUAGACUCGCCAUCGCUGAAGGCAGCCCUCGCAAUGGCUCUCAUCCACUACAAACGCCUCCCCUCCACAACCGCCGCCGCCGCCGCCGCCGCAGGCACCUCCUCCCCGCCUCUUAUCCACUGGAAGCGCAAGGCUAAGGAGCGGAAGCGCGAGAUUCUCCGCCUCCGCGAAGAGCUCAAGCUCCUCCAAGAUGGGGUGCGCGGGGAGGCGAUGGAGCCGCCACUUGCGUCAUGCCGCUGCCACUUCUUCGACGGGUGCAGCGACCUGCAGCCGCCGCCUCCAACGGGUGGAGGAGAGCAUUGGGUCGACGAGGUGCUGCGGAGGAGGUUCCUCAGAUUGGCGCGGUGGAAGGAGAAGCGACGGAGACUGGAUCGAUCUCUUCCCGUCACUAGUUUGAUGGAGUUCAAUAGCGAGGAUGAGAUACAACAGCUUAGCUUGUCAACUGAUUUCCUGGUAGAGCUAUCAGAUGGGAUUUUUGCGAAAAGAGAAUCUUGCUCCACAUUUGCUACAUUCUCUCACCAAGCAGUAGACUUCAUUUUGUCUUUACUGAAGAACAUUCUAUCGUCGAAAAGGGAAAAUGAACUGGUUGAGGAGAUAAUUGAUGGUUUAGUGACACGUUUGAUGAAAAGGAUGUGCACCAUUCCUGAAAAUGCUGGUACUUCGGAUUCAGGGCCAGUUGACUGCUCAGAUGCCCAAUUCAAUGUGCAGCACUUGUUCCGCAAGUUAGGAAAUGAAGAGUUCAUUGGUCAGCGGAUAAUCCUUGCAGUUUCUCAAAAGAUCUCAAAUGUAUCAGAAAGCUUGCUUCUCUUAGAUCCAUUUGAUGAUUCCUUCCCUGAUAUGCAUGGCAAUAUGUUCAUUAUGAUUCAAUUAAUCGAGUUCCUCAUAUCUGAUUACAUGAAAAUUUGGCUAUGUUGCGAGCAAUUUGACAAAAAAAUAUUUGAAGAAUGGGUCAGAUCUAUUCUGAAGGCACGCAAAGACCUGGAAGUCCUAGAAAACAUAAAUGGGCUGUAUGUAGUGUACAUUGAGCGAGUGGUCGGAAGGUUGGCGAGGGAGGUGGCUCCUGCUGCUCACCAGGGGAAGCUGGACCUGGAUGUCUUUUCCAAACUCCUGUGCUGAUAACUUCCAGCCUCAGACCUGAAAAUGAUGCUUACCUACAGAAAGAUUGUCCAGAAAGCUGGCGUUCUGUAACUUCUGUUCGCCACUGAACAGCCAGAACCAAGACAUAACCAAAGAAUGCUUAAUUAUUUCAUCUUGUGAAUGUGUAGUUACUGCAAACCAGUUUGCUAUAACCAAGUACGUAUGAUUAAUUGUUGUAAUUAGACUUAGAUAUGCGGAUACUAGUCUAUAAUAAACUUCAGAAUCUAUGGAUGGAUCUAACAUUGGCAGUUUGAUUCAUAAAUCUUUAUAACUGUGGCACCUUUCACUUCACACCGUUGCCUUGCAUUUCUUGUCUUCUAUUCUUGAGCGACUUGCAAAUACAGUUUUUAGUUUCAAACUAUAGAAAGACAAUAAAUCAUACAACCUGAUUUUCUAUUUAUUAUCUAGACGCUCUAAAAAAGAGGCAAAGCUUCUUACUCCUGUACCCUCAUGUCAUAUUCAUAAGUCAUACAAGAUCAUGCCGUAUCUGCUUUAAAAGGUAAGAGUACUUCUCUUAACUAAGAGAGUGUAAUACCAUUGCAUGUGCCGUGCAGUGGGUGCUGUUGUCUGUUACUCUUGAUGUGCACGUUCCUUGCUUCAUUUCUAGUUGUGAUGUUGAAAUCACGGCGUCAACUGGUGACGCCAAGCUAAAUGACUAGUCGCAUUUUGGGGGUACUUUGCUCAACUGUUAACUUCUUGCUUUACAAUUAUUAUCCGAUCAGACUUCUUGUGGCCGAAAAUACAAUGGCCUUCUGGAACUAGAAUCACAAAUGAAUUGGCUGUAUUUUUUCCCUUACUAUUGUGAUCGCAAAUGAAUCUCAAACUUAUUCCAUAUAUCGAAGAUUGAUAAAAAAAAUACUAAUAUGUGCAUCGAACAU